AUGACCGCUAACAGCGUAAAGUCACGUGGUGAAGUUGGCGUCCAUUUCGAAAAUAUUUUCAACUCUAUUCAGCGUCGCUACUCCAGAAAUCAACGCUUCAGCUUUACUAGUGGGAAAAGCAGUAUUUCAUUCUCAAAUCCAAACAUGUCACUCCACUCGGAAUCCACUCCCUCUCUCUCUCCAGUGCCGCUAUCUCACGGCCGAAUCAAAGAUCUCUUACGUUGCAACGACCCGCUCGUCGAAGCCGAAAAAAUGGCUUUACACUUAUUGGUCGACGAAGCGCCUGCUACUCUAGCAAAUCUGGACCAACAGAUCAUCGAAAUGCGCCAGACGCUCAACUCCCUUAUCCAGAAAAAUCAAUGGGACAGCCUCAAGAAGCUCACGGCUCUGAAACUAUUACAGAUCACAAGCCUAACUCAUACCUCCUUGGAUCCAUCAGAACUCCCACAGAUCACUCUCCCUACUGUCACAUCCCUGCGCAUUUCCGAACAAGAGCACAAUUUAGGUGCCGGGAUAAUUUCCAAGAUCAUCGAGAAUAAUAUCCUCAUCCUACCAUCUUUAUCCACUUUGAAGGUUCAAAUUUUCCAUGGCAGUAUUCCCUCUUUUCCUCUCUCCCAUCAGCUCCCGAAUUCUCUUACGACGCUCAUAAUCCGGGAUGCCAUGGAGAGCCCUGACAACGUUCAGCGAGUUCUCCAAUUUCUCGAAACUGUACCUUACGUCAACACAUUGGUGAUUGAUGGACGACGUUGUAGCGAGUUUUUCGAAAGUCUCACCAUUCAGCCGGGGAAGGACAUCAUUUUACCGAACCUCCGCAUUCUUCUAUUCCAAGGGCGUCAUCAACCUUUCCCUGAUCCAGUCAUCCUUGACUUUCUUGAGUCACGAUGUCGAAGGGAUGGUGAUGAUGCUGGCGGUGGGGCUGUUAAUGGAAAGGACCGUGAUGACGGCCAGCCCCAAUGGGUUUUCCUGGAGGAGAUCGAUCUGUCUAAGGUGGAGCUUGUUCCACAGUACAGAAAUCACCUGGAUGAACUUCGUCAAAGAGUGAGGAUCGUAUACACUUCCUAAACAGAUGAAUAUGUAGGGCUUUUCUUCAGUCCUUAUGUACAUUAUCUGUUUUGCUACCAUUUUCUAUCUACACUGACCGCCAAAAAUAAAG